CCAAUGGGAUCCCGCCCGGCCCACACACCGUGCAUCGCCAGCGCGUAAAUAGCGGCAGGAGCGGGACGGCAUCCCCACAGCCCGCCUGGCUCCUCGGGAGAUGCUGGCCAGGAGGAGCCAGGCGCUGGACUGGAUGGGGCUCACCGGUGCCUGGUGAAUGGGAACGUGACACGGCAGCCGGCCCCGAGCCGUGAGAAACUUUGUGCUCUGGGGAUGUGCGGCUCCGGGAGGCAGCGGGGCGUUCACCGAGCCCAAAACACAGCCCUGGAACGGAGCGUCUCAGCCUGCUGAUGCCGGAUGCCGGGCAGCCCAGCGCCGGCAGGAGCACAGGUGAGCCGCAGCAGAGCGGGGCAGGGUGAUGCUGCCCUUUAACUCUUUUCAAGCCCCACGGCUGGAAUCGGGAUCUUCCUUUGCGGGGUGCAAAGGGGCGGAUGCUCGGUAGAGUCCUCUCCCCACAAGCCAGUACAGGGCAGACGGGGGGAGGACCUCAGCACAGUUUCUCUCGCGUUGCAUCUCGCUCCUGCCCAGCACCAUGUCCCUGGGCUGGCAGUGGGUGGUGAACCUGCUGCUGCUGCUCCAGCUGUGCGCCCACGGCCGCACCCCCCGCGCCUCCCCACUGUCCCACCGCUGCCCCAUCGUAUGCAUCUGCACCUCCGACCUGCUGAGCUGCAGCCGGCAGAUGCUGCAGGAUGUGCCCUUGUCACUGCCACCCACUGCCACCACGCUGGACCUCAGCCACAACGCUCUCACCCAGCUCCACGACCACUGGUUGGCUGCCCUCCCGCACCUCGAGGCCCUCCAUAUCAGCCACAACCAGAUUAAGGACCUUUCUCCACAGGCUUUCCACAACGCCUCCUAUCUGCGGCACCUUGACAUGUCCUCCAACCGCCUGCACGCUGUGGAGACACACUACUUCAAUGAGCUGGUGAGCUUGGAGGAGCUUCUGCUCUACAACAACCGCAUUGCACGAGUGGAUGAAAACGCCUUCGCCAAGCUGAGCGGCCUGCAGAAAGUCUACCUGAGCUGGAACAACCUGACCACCUUCCCCUUCCGCUUAGUGCAAAGGCUGAGCAGCUACAGCCUCCGCACGCUGGACCUCUCCUCCAACAGCCUGAGAAGCAUCCCAGUGGAAGAGCUGGCAGCUCUGCCCGAAACCAUCAGGAAUGGCUUGUACCUGCACAACAACCCCAUCAGGUGCAGCUGCCCACUCUACCUGAUGCUCCAGCGCUGGAAGCAGCAAGGUUUCAGCUCUGUGAAGGAUUUCUUUGAGGAACACACCUGCAAGGUGUCUGACAACGUGCCCCGGUCCCUGAUCAGGUUCCUCAAAUACAGCCACAUGUUUGAGGACUGCUCGGCAGGUCCUGAAGACAUGCACCCUGUGCCCCUCCCUGUGAUGGCGGGCCAGACCCUCCUGCUCACCUGCAACACCAGCCUGCCAGCCGCGGCCACCACCUACAUGUGGAUUUCCCCUCACUACGAGCCCAUCAAAUACCCAGGGAACAGCAACCGCUCCUUGGAGCUCUACCGCAACGGCAGCCUGAAGAUCGCGGUGACCAAGCCCUGGCACUCAGGGGUCUACGUGGGCUGGGCCAUCAACAGCCCCCGCAAUUUAAGCAGGCUGUGCGAAGUGAAUGUGACAGUCAACUACCCCAAGCCAGACGAGACCUUCAGCACCGGCCUCACCACCCUGCUGGGGUGCAUUGUGAGCCUGGUGCUCGUGCUCAUCUACUUGUACCUCACACCCUGCCGCUGCCUGAGCUGCUGCAAGAAGCCAGCUCCCCUCAGCCCCCCACAGGAAUGCAGUGCCCAGUCCUCCAUCCUCAGCACCACCCCGCCUGCCACCGAUGGGCCAAACCGCAAAGUCAGUGCCAGCAAGCAUGUGGCCUUCCUUGAGCCCGUCAGGGAGAAGCAGAAUGGCAAGAUCCGCCUGGCCCUCGGUGAGGACUUCCCUGAUGCCAAGCACCUCAAGGUCCUGCAGCUCAAGUCAGACUCGGAGUCCAUCAGCUCUGUCUUUUCGGAUACCCCCAUUGUGUCAUAGCAGGGCAGAGCUGGGGGGAGAGCCAGGGCCU